GAUUAUGCGCAAUUCAUCAUUUUUGUCCAAUGGGCAAUAGCAACGUGUCACAAAACAAACACAAGAAUUCCCUAAAUAUCCUGCCUAUGGUGAGCUGAGCCCUAUAUACGACGUGGCACAGAACACCAACUGUAAGACGAUUUGAUGCUUGUGGAUAGCAAAAAUGACAUCACAUCACUUUACUGUCAGUCUGUUACUUCACACCCUUGUGCUAUUUCCAUUUCAUUUGGCUACCGGUGGUUAUGCCAAUUACGAUAAGCAUAGCAGCACUAUUACCUACAGUGGCACUCACGGACAACACGGCAGCAGCAGCAGGGGUAGCGGUGGAAGCACGAUGGUACGUUACCCUGGCCAACUACUUCGCAACUACUCCGACGAUGACAUACUACAUAGAAACGUGUGCACUCUUCAAGACUGUAUCCCUUACAUUCAUAUGCAAGUAACCAUAGAACUCAACCUACAACAGAAACUUCAAGUUCACCGAAAGCGACGGUUCAUCCGCCGCUGGCGUGCUGCAUACAAAUACCGGAGUGCCCCAACAAGAAUUCGUCACACCUCUAUAGUCACACUGACCCCAGCACAGAAGACUCAGAUCCUAUCUCAAUUUGGUAACUAUUUCAGUCAAGCUGAGGAGCUACCAUUAGUGUCACAAAUUGGAACCAGACAGAAGCGAACCAGCAUAAUCGUAUGCCCCCGCGAGGAACAGUGGGAUGCUCUGGUGUUGGGGCUUACAAACGAUGAUGAACUUGUACAGGUUAUACAGUUCGCAGAUACCGGCGACAGACAAUGGAUCUUGGAUGAGCGAUGCACGCAGAAUCAGUGUAGCUUUGUAUCUGAUUGCGGGUGUAGCGCCCAUACUCGUCUUGUUCGAGCUGCAGUCAUCAGCUUUGAUGAGUCUGUGGUGGCCGAGAAAUACAUCAAGGUGUAUUGCUGUGUCGCUAAAUUACUUGGCUAAAAGAUUAUCACAAAUAUCACUGAAGAAGUGGUUUGGCAAAAAUUUUCCCCGUUGGCAGGUGGCUAAAAUGUUUCAUUAUUUUCCUAUUGCAACCUCACUUCAGACCAGUAUUUUUCUUUUAUUUCUGGAAGUACAUUUAGUUUGUUAACACGUCUAUCUAGACUAAAACUGUAUUGCUAAUAAUCGGAUCAAGGAGAAUCGUCAAUGCAGAAUUUUGAAGUCUUUUACGUGAGAUCUCUUCUGUGCCCCCAUUACAACGUACCUACACUGAGUAGAAAAAGUGUAAUUACUUUGUAGCCUGUGCUCUCUUAUCUUGUAAAUUAAACGAUGUUUAAAACAAAAAAGAAAAAAACGUUUAGGACCCAACUUGACUUCUCUGUAAUAUGGAGCUAUUAAAGUUUUUCGAUAUCUGCACAAUUACAGGACUUUACUAUAGCUUAGAAAUUGAAGAACACGUUGGAAUGUACAUGGUGUAUUUGAAUUCUCUGUCUGAAUGUAAUACUGCCUUUGCAUCUGUUAAUAAUUAAUUCGUGCAUCUGGAAUAUGCGAUUGAAAACUAUGUUUAGUUUCAAUCAUGUUGACAUGACGUACUUGUUUGAAAAGCAGGCGUCCUCACUGCACACGUAUAGUCUGGUACCGACCCCUACGGAAGAACGUCAUCCUGGCCCCAACAUUUUUUAUCUCGUUGUAACCUUUGAAUGGAAUAUUAUGUUGAUAUUGGCAAUAGUCCGGAUUUUCUAAGCAAAUGCCAUCCCUGUCUGUUGUUUAAUGUUUUAAUUUUCAGUGACAUUGAGCCUUGAAUUUACAGAGGGCUCUUUCGGACAUAAUGGCAAUAUCCCGUGCAAAGGGAUUAAUUUCUUGAAAGCUUCAAGUUCAGUUAGCUGGUAGUUUCCUCGAGGAUUUUUAUAAUGUCGAAGUUGCAUUCUUUUCAUUUUCAUUAUUUAGUAACAAUUUCGAAACUCUUGGAGAUAGUUACUUACGUACUACAAUGCAAUUAACUCGGUCGUUAAGAACCUGGGUGGUUUGACCAUAAUAACUCGUACAUACAAAAGAUGUAAACGAUUAAUGAACAGAUUAAUUUUUUUCCUGCAAAUGUCAGCAAUUCAAAAUUGGCUUGAUUUGCAUUAGUGAAUCUUUGUAUGAAUAUUGCAUACAAUAUGAACGACCUACAGCGAUUUCCAAUAAAUUUAGUUUUACCCUCUGUACACAAGCAGCUAAUCCGAAGUUUGCAUGAUCUCUAAAUUCCAAAGAGUGAAAAUUCGCUCUAUUCGAGUGAAAACUUAAUCCCUCCGAUUGAAAUUAAGGACCAGA